CCCGCCCCCCGCCCGCGCUCACUGAGCAUGCCAGGCGGCCGCGGCUGCCCCGCUGCCCGCGACCGGCCGCCUCCGCCGCAGCGCCUCGCUCCGCCGCCGCUAGCCCGGGCCACGCGCCACGCGCCGCGCCGCGCCUGCGGCUCUGCGCGGCCGCCCCAUGACCGCCGGAGGGAGCGGACGCGCCGGGCUGGGCCGCCGACGCCGACGCCGCGGCCAGGGCGCACUCGGCGCUCGGCUGGCGAUGCCUGCGCGCCCUCUAGCCCCGCCCCGCUCCGUCGGCGUCGCGUCAGCGUCGGCCGGAAGCGCCCGCCGCGCGUGGGGCGCGGAGCGGCGGAGCGGCAGUCUUCACCCAGGGCUGAGCCUCACCAGAGGGAGCCCCCACUUGAACUGAGCAUCACCUGCACUCCUUCCUGCCUUGGGCCAGCUUGGAGGCUGGGAGGUAGCCACAACUGUGAGGGAAGCUGCAGCAGAUAACGUGGGGCAAUGGCUGCCAUAUAUUCUGGCAUUUCCCUUAAGCUUAAAAGCAAGACGACUUCCUGGGAAGAUAAACUAAAACUUGCUCACUUUGCUUGGGUUUCCCAUCAGUGCUUCCUUCCAAAUAAAGAGCAAGUUUUACUUGACUGGGCAAGACAGUCGUUGGUCGCAUUCUAUAAGAAAAAGCUUGAGCUAACAGAAGGUGUUGUGGAAAGGCUUUGGGCCUAUAUAGGUGACAUUCUGCAUAGCAAGAAAUUGCAGUCUCUUCUCAAGAAUGGAAAAACGAUUGAUCUUCAGACUUCCCUUGUCAAGAUCAUAAAUGAGAGAAUAGCUGAGUUCUCUCUUUCAGGAUCCCAGAAAAACAUCUGUGCUGUCCUGAGCUGCUGUCAGGCCAUCCUCUCCAUACCUGCCCUGGCUGUCAUCUACGCAGCCAAACAGGAGCUGCUGGUGGCCUUGCUGAGCCAACUGUGCUGGUCUGCCUGCAGGCAGCCAGAGGGGGCCGUAGCAGCCCUACUGCUCGAGGUCACUCACCUGGCCCUGGGCCAGUACCUCUCCAUCCAGCAGCAGCAGGUCAACCCCAGACGUGUCUUUGGGGAUGUGACUGGGCACCUGCUGCAGCCCUGUCUGGUCCUGAGGCACCUGCUCUCUGGAGGCACAUGGACGCAGGCUGGGCAGGGCCAGGUUUCCCCGGUGCUCAGCCGGGAAGUCAGGAGUCAGCUUGAGGCCGUCCUUCGAGGGGGGGUUUUUCGGCCUGAUAUACUCUCCUCCUACACAGAGGAGCUCCUGGGCCAGCAACAAAGAGACACAAAGAUCGGGACCCCAAAGAGCCUCCUCACUCCUCUGGACACAGUGGUGACCAGGCUGCUGGACGCUGGCCACUGUGAACCGCACCUUCAUGCCACUGUUGUGGCCAACUCAGUCGCCGUGUUGUAUAGGCUCUUUCUAGAUUCUUACCUCAAGGAGGGAAACCAGUUUCUCUGCUUCCAGGCUCUCCCCAGGCUGUUUGGCUGCCUGCGAAUUUCACACCUGCAGGAGGAGCAAGGGAAAACCUGGGCCACACUAGAUUGGACCGCAGAGCUUCUGGUGGUGGAGCAGCUGCUCAGCUCAGUGGCCAGUAGCAACAUCUACAACGUGGCCGCCGACAGGAUCCGGCACGGGGAGGCGCAGUUCCACUUCUACCGCAAUUUGGCUGAGCUGCUGAUAAACCACCUACAAGCGCCCGUGCCAGCCUGGUUCCGCUGCCUCAAGAUUUUGAUAUCUCUGAAUCAUUUGAUUCUGGAGCCAGAUCUGGAUGACCUGUUGUCCUCAGCUUGGAUUGACGCCGAAGUCACAGAGGUUCGAACCAAAAAAGCCCAGGAGGUGCUCAUUCACGCCCUCUUCCAGACAUACGCCAAGCUGCGGCAGGUGCCACGGUUGUUCGAAGAGCUUCUGGGGGUGAUCUGCCGCCCAGCUGCCGAGGCACUGAGGCAGCCUGUGCUGGCCUCGGGCCCCUCCGCUGCACUGCGUGCGUGCCUCCUGGAGCUGCCGCCAGGUCAGAUCCUGGACAUGUGGUCCCUGGUGCUGGACAAGUUCCAGUCUUUAAUCCUGCCCUGUUUGAAGAGUGAUGUUGACAUGGCCCUGAAGUCCCUGUCCCUCAGCUCACUUCUGCACUGCAUCAUGUUCAACAUGCCCAGCCUGGACAGUAGCACGCCCCUGCCUGUCGUCCGACGGACACAGUGCAUGAUGGAGAGAGUCCUGGGAGAGCUCGUGAAGCCCCUUCUGGCCCUUCUCCUGGACACCCCAAGCCCAGAGUCUGAGCUAUGGCUCCAGAAGGUGAGUGACGCUGCACUCCUGCUCUCUCAUACCUGGGCCCAGGUGGAUGCCAUGCUCUGUUUGAACUGUGGCCAGUAUCACUCUGUGGCUGGGACCCUGACAGGCAAUGCUCUGGAGCUCUCCAGUUUCCCUUCACUGCUCCCAGGUGUGGAACCCCAGCUUUGGAAGAAGGUGAAGUUGACAGCCCAGUCCAGCUCUCUUGGUAGGUACUGCUUGGAACAGCUGCACCUGCAGAGGAUGAGGAGGACACUGAUGCAGACUAGCUCCCAGGCCGAGCAGGUCCUCCAGACCUUGAGGAGGGAUGCUGCCUACAUUCUUGGUUCUGGCAGGAGCAGCUUGAGUUUAAGGACGACGGCUUCCUGGGACGGGCAGGUGGGAACAGUGAGUGCACCUACGUAUCCUGUAGCACACUGGCACUUGUUGGUGUCAAACCUCCUGAUUUUAAUACCCUACUUAUGUCUAGAAGACAUCAAAUACCUGGCUAGCGUCCUGUUAAGAACUUUACCAACCAGCAAAGCUCAGGAAACCUCUGCAGAUGAAGAACCAUACGUCACACUCCAGAGAGUGUCCAUGGCUCUCCUUCAUAGCCCUCUCUUUCCAGAGAUUCAGGCCCUCCAUUCCGCCUUCCUGAUGUGUGUAGCUGCACGCUGUUCCAGUAUUCUGUGCUCCGGUUCCCAAAGUGGCCCAGGUCCUCUCAGACAGCAGGUACCCUGGCUUUUUGAAAAGGACCACACUCUUGUGGCUCACUGGGAAUCCAGAUUUGCAAAAGUUGGACCUGAAGGUGUAGAACCAAGAGGAGAAACUGCCCAGAACUUUCUGUCCCUGGUCAAGAGUGACUUUCCCAUCCAGCUGGAGGAUGAGCAGUUAGGAGACCUCCUGGGACUUCUGGACGUCAUUUCUGCUCUGCGCCUAGACAGCCUUCUGCCACACCAUCACCUGCAUUACUUCCUUCUGCUACUGACCAUGGCCGUCAGCACGCAGGGGCAUUCCUGUCCCCCCCAAGCCCUCCAGUUCCUGACGACUUGCUACCGGCUUCUCGGUUGCCUGCAGAGGGGAAGGAGCGCCCGCUGUGUGUUCAGGGUCAUGUACGUCAGUGACAUUUUUGAGAUUGUGCUGACCUCAUUGUUACGAGCCAGUGGUGGACUCUGUGUUGAGGUGGAUGACCCCUCUUGGCUGGAAUUCCUCCAGGGGGUGGGGUCAUUCUUGGAGCAGCUAAUGGCGAUGCUCAUCCAGAGCAAACUGAGCUUGGUGCUCAAUUUUGGGAAAAUCACUGCGUUCCUCUCAAGGUGUAAAUUGCACACUGAGGCAGCUUUCAGCAAGCAGUUGGGAAACCAGAGCCCUCUGGGCAGACAACUGCUUCUGGUGUGUCUGACCAAGUUGUGCCAAGUCCUGGGGCCUCUUGUCAAGGACCGGAGGCAGCCGCAGGAGGCACCAGCGGCGUUGCCAGAGUUGCUGCAGCAGGCCAUGCUGCAGAUGGCUGCUGGACUGCAGCUGUGCUCAGCACAGGGGACCCCACGCCACCACCUGCCCGUGGUGCUCCUCUCGCCUGUCGCCACGCUCUUGGAAGUGGACCUGAGCCAGCACCCAGGUGGGGUUGGGAUUGCCCAAGGGACAGACAGAGCAGUGCCCUCCAACGCUUCCCUCUACCAGGGUGUUUACUCCCAACUGCUGUCAGAGUUGCCAGCCCUGGCAGGGGACACCCGGUCUUUCCAGGCAGCCUUGCGGUUCUUGGCUCUGUUCUUUUCGGCUUCUGCACUCCAUCCACCAGAAGGGCCUGUUUUUGUCUCCAUGCUUCAAGCCAUGAGGACAGUUCUUGCAGAUCCUGACAUCCCUGCUCUGGCUGCCCAGGAUAUUGAGCCUCACUUGGGAGCCCUGCUCACCCAGAUGUUGGAGGCUGGGACUAUGGAGGACUUUGGGCUGGUGGUCCGGUCUAUUCUUCAGGGCCUGGAUGUCCGUCACGUGUGGAUGGCAGAUCUGCAGGCUGCUUUGUCUGCUGUCAGAUUGCUCAAGCUGCUACUAAGCUGCCCGCUCAGUGGAGAGAAAGCAGGCCUGCUGUGGCGUGCCUGUCCCCAGAUAAUCUCCGCUCUGACGCUGCAAAACCGAGAGGCUUGUCAGGAGCGGCCUGUGGUGCUCACAGUGGUCGAACCCAUUCUAGAUGUCCUGGCUGCCCUGCUGCGGCAGGGCGAGGAGGCCAUCAGCAACCCCCACCACGUCAGUCUGGCCUUCAGCAUCCUCUUGACGGUCCCCCUGGAUCACCUGAGGCCUCCAGAGUAUGGCAGAGUCUUCUUAGGGCUGCACAGUGUGCUCUUCUCCAUCCUGCAGUGUCAUCCGAAGGUAAUGCUGAAGGCCAUCCCAUCUUUCUUGAACUCCUUCAAUAGACUGGUGUUUUCAGUUAUGCAUGAAGGGCGGCAGAAAGACAAAGGAGGUGCGGAUGGCCUGCCGGUGGUCCUGGAGUGUGCACGCCUAGUCCAGCGGAUGUACAGCCACGUCGCCGCGCGGCCCGAGGACUUCACCACAUCGUCCCCCUUCCUGGUGGCCCAGUAUGUGACGGAGGCACAGAAGGUGACCUUGUACCCCGCGGUGAAGGACCUGCUGCAGGAGGGCAUCUACCUCAUCCUGGACCUCUGCAUCGAGCCCGAUGUCCAGUUCCUUCGCGCCUCACUGCAGCCGGGGGCCAGAGACGUCUUUAAAGAACUGUACAGUGACUACCGCAAGUACCACAAAGCCAAGCAUGAAGGAGAGAAAAGAUACGCAGCCUAGGCCUGCGGCACAGCGCCUAGGGAACCCCGGCGGCGGCCUGGGCCUUGCAGCCCACGCAGCGGGAGGGUGAGGGUCCCGAGGGUCCUUGUGCUGUGUUGAUGGCGUUUUUAAAGGUACAUCUGUGUGCUGUUUUGUCUGAUUUGUGUCUUCCCCUUCAUCUUUGGUGCUGGUGAUUGCAUCCAGGGCCUUGCGCGUGCUAAGCACACACUCUUCCGCUGAGCUCCACCCCUGGUCCCAGAGUGUCUUGCUGUCCGUAUGUGUUGCAUUAGAAACCUGGAAGUGGACCCUGGAGUGAGAUGCUUCAGUAGAAGCGUUGCUGGUUCUCAGGACUGUACUAUUAUGUAGUGCUUGUCUUGGCUCAGUGGGUUCUUCCCCCUCCCCUGGGUAGCAGCUCUGAGGAACUGGGUUUUUGCUUCUGGUGCGUGGGUUUAUAAUUGAGUCCUGUUUAAAUACCUCUGCCUUUUAAAUUCAAGCCCAAAGAAAUGUGCAUUCCUAAUGCCACUCUUCUGCCUCGCCUCCGAGAACCCUUCUGAUGACCCUGGGGAGAAACUCCCUGGUCUGCUGAGACAGCAGCAGGCACCUGGAGGCCCCUGGCACCUAGCAAGUGCUCCUGCUUGCUCUUUCUGCUUUGCUCUGUGAAUUCAUUUAAUAAAGUAGUUUUGUUUAUAUUA